AUGGCACCUAUACAGAUUCGGGUAUUUUCUGAGUUGGUAAAUAGGAGAAGGGUGGCGGAGGAUUGUGUUAGAAGGGCUGCAGCAGAAAAAGGGGGUCUGAGGAUGCCAUUCCAGAGGACCACGGGGAGAAACUUUGCACCCAGAGGUAGACAGUUCAAGUAUGGUGGCUUUGUCCCUCAAAACAAUCAGGGGCAAGGCAACUCUAGGAGGCCUAAUACCAGUGCUAAUCAGGGAAGGAGACAGGGUAAGCAACCACAGCAGGAUAUGAGUUGCCACAGAUGUGGAAAGUAUCAUUCAGGACCAUGUAGGUUUGGGACUGGAGUCUGUUACUCCUGUAGGCAGCCGGAACACUUGGCUAGUAGUUUCCCAGAAAAGAAGAGGUAUGAGACAGGCAGGGUGCAGCAACCAGGAAGGGUAUACACUACUUCUUCAGUAGGCACUGAGGGAUCAGAGGCAUUGAUCAGAGGUAACUGUGAAAUGGCGGGUAAAACUUUGAAUGCUUUGUUUGAUUCUGGGGUUUCACAUACUUUUAUUGCAUUUGAAAAGGCUAAUGAGUUAGGAUUGAAAAUAGUAGUGAUGGGGUAUGAUUUAAAGGUAUACAAUGCUACCCGCGAGGCUAUGGUGACUAGAUUAGGGUGCCCCCAAGUUUCUUUUCGAGUACAAGGGCGUGACUUCGUGCAUAACUUAAUUUUUUUUGCCGAUGACUGGUCUCGAUCUCAUUCUGGAAUUGGAUUGGUUAUCCAAGAAUCGCGUUCUACUAGAUUGCUCGGCGAAAACAGUGUAUUUCAUGCCUGA